GAAUAGUGCUCAACAGAGCGAUGGAGGGUUUACACAGCGUAGCUGGCACUUUAUCACGGACGAGGAAAGUUGUCCUGUUUGGGAUAAUCACGUGUGUUCUGUUCUUUGCGUUUGUGUUCUACUCGCUCCCAGCUGCCUUCCUCCCCCUCUACGACCAGUCUCAUGACGUCUCCAGUACUUGGACAGGGGUUCUCAUCGGAGCUGGUCCUCUUAGCUACGUUUUUGUUUGUCCCCUCUCAGCUCUUCUUUUGAACACCUUCUCAAACAAGAAGCUAUAUAUCGUGCCCACAGCUUCAUUAGGUAUUGUCACGAUGCUGUUCAGUCUACUGGAUUUUGUCCCAUCUGCUGAUAUAUUCGUGGGGUUCGGCUUCCUCUUGAGAAUCGUUCAAGGCAUAUGCGGGGGUAUAAUCUCGGUGACCUCGUUUGCUGCCCUGGUAGCGAUCUACCCUGAUAGAGUUGCCACGGUAACCGCACUUGCGGAGACAGUUCUUAAUGGGGCCCUUGCUGUGGGCCCCUUUUUAGGGAGCGUUCUGUACGCGACUGGGGGGUUUCAACUAGCGUUCUUUGUACCCGGUCUCCUAAUCCUGCUGUCCGUCCUCCCUGAGUGUUUUGUUCCCCAACUCACCACCAGCAGUAAGGCUACAACUUGGCGGUCUCUCAAAACUUUACUGGAUCCUGGCAUCCUGUUCGCUGCGUGGCAUUGCUCAGCGUGUCAGAUACUACUAAACUACCACAUACCAAUCUUAUCGCCCUACGUUGAACGUGUGUUUGGAGAAUCUGUAGUUUGGGCUGGGACCGCUCUCAUGAUAAACUCUGGCAGCAUUUGCUUAUCUGCCCCAUUCUUAGGUUUUCUCAUUGACCGGUACAAUCCUUACAUAUUCUUAGUGAUCUCUUCCAUCUUCCUUCCUAUUUGUUACAUGUUCAUUGGACCUCUACCACUUCUCUCGUUUAUCGAGCCGUCAAAAGGGCAACUAUUGACCACGCUCAUGUGUUUGGGAUUCUUUGUUCCUAUGGGGUGUACCCCUGUUCUCCUUGUUAUGUUCGAUAUCUACAAGACGAAGUCGGGUGGUGAUUUGCCUCAAUCGGUUCAAAACGUAAUUGUUUCCCUUUAUUGCGCCUCAUUCCCCAUUGGUAGUUUUCUCGGAGCAACAAUUUCUGGGAUAGUAGCUGAAAAGUACAUUUUUGAGUGGUCCACCGGAAUCUUAGCUUUGGUAUUUAUCGCAGAGUCGUUGGCGUGUUUGGUGUUUUGUUGGGGAGUUCAUUUGAUGAAGAAAAACAGAAAACUUUUCAAAGGAGAAUAUUCCGAGACCACGCCGAUACUAUAAAUAAUUAAGUAACUACACUUACAGUUACCAUGGUAACUAGGUACAUUUUAGGUAGCAAUACUAUGCGUUAGUUGAAGUGUUUAACGCUUUGAAAAGGGUUUAUUUAAUCACAACAUUUGUAUCUCUAUGAGAGUAUGAAAGUAUAAUAAUCAGUGUUAUUGUUUAUUAACUUUUCUAUUUUUAUUUUACUUUCCUAUACCAAAUAUGGAAGUUACGAUAUCAAAAUUAAUCUAGUUCUACCUAGGGUUGCCAUUAUCGGUACAAUUUCUUUUAUCGCGAUAAUCGAUAACUUUUUCAAAAUUAUCGCGAUAAUAUCGGUUAUCAGCGAUAAAUUUGGAACGAUAAUCAAUACUAAUAAUCUCAGUAAAUCUGUGUGUUUUUGG